CGGAAGAGCUGAUAAUAUUGUUCGGGUGGAAUGGCGGUACCAGAAGAAUGUCUUCCAAGCAAACCGCCUCUCCAUUUGCUUGUGCAGCUGAUGGAGAGGAAGCAAUGACCCAGGACUUGUCCUCACGGGAAAAGGAAGAGGGCGCCGAGCAGCAGGUGACAUCCCACCUGCCUCUCCAUCCCAUAAUGCACAACAAACCUCACUCUGAGGAGCUACCAACUCUUGUCACCACCAUUCAACAAGAUGCGGAUUGGGACAGUGUACUCUCAGCCCAGCAUAGAAUGGAGUCAGAGAAUAAUAAGUUAUGUUCCCUCUAUUCCUUCCGAAAUACCUCUACCUCACCACAUAAGCCCGAUGAAGGGAGUCGAGACCGCAGUGAGCUGAUGACCAUUGGAACUCCAGAGCGCCGUAAAGGGAGCCUGGCGGAUGUGGUGGACACUCUGAAGCAGAAGAAGUUAGAGGAGAUGACGAGGACUGAGCAGGAGGACUCAUCUUGCAUGGAAAAGCUACUUUCAAAAGAUUGGAAGGAGAAAAUGGAAAGACUAAAUACAAGCGAGCUUCUUGGAGAAAUAAAAGGAACCCCUGAGAGCCUGGCGGAAAAGGAGCGCCAACUCUCCACCAUGAUCACCCAGCUGAUCGGUCUACGGGAGCAGCUCCUAGCCGCUCACGAUGAACAGAAAAAGCUGGCAGCCUCGCAAAUUGAGAAACAACGGCAGCAAAUGGACCUUGCUCGGCAACAACAAGAGCAGAUUGCAAGACAACAGCAGCAACUCCUGCAACAGCAACACAAAAUCAAUCUCCUGCAGCAACAAAUCCAGGUUCAGGGUCAUAUGCCUCCGCUUAUGAUCCCAAUUUUUCCACACGACCAGCGGACACUGGCAGCUGCUGCUGCUGCCCAGCAGGGAUUCCUCUUCCCCCCAGGAAUAACUUACAAACCAGGUGAUAACUAUCCUGUACAGUUCAUUCCAUCAACAAUGGCAGCUGCUGCUGCUUCUGGACUCAGCCCUUUACAACUCCAGCAGCUCUACGCAGCUCAGUUAGCCAGUAUGCAGGUGUCACCUGGAGCCAAGAUGCCAUCAACUCCACAGCCCCCGAACACAGCAGGAGCCCUUUCACCUACUGGGAUGAAAAAUGAAAAGAGAGGAACCAGCCCUGUAACUCAAGUUAAGGAUGAAGCAGCACAGCUGAAUCUCUCAGCUCGACCCAAGACGGCAGAGCCGGUGAAAAUCUCCGACGUCACCGAAACCACAGACCCUCUUCCAGCCAGUAAAACCAGCCCGGUGACUUUGUCCAACAAAAGCAGUAUCCCCAGCCCUUUGGGGGGAACUCUGGGAAGAGGAUCCUCUUUAGAUAUCCUGUCCAGCCUCAACUCCCCUGCCCUGUUUGGGGACCAGGACACAGUGAUGAAAGCCAUUCAGGAGGCUCGUAAGAUGAAGAGAACAGAUCCAGCGAGAGCAGCAAGCAGCAGCAGCCGCCACCGGCCACCUCUCAGUGUUGACGGAAAGCUAACCUCCAUGAAUAACUUGGGUCUGAACAACUGCAGGAAUGAAAAGGAAAGGACACGUUUUGACAACCUGGGCCCCCAGUUAACGGGAAAGGCAGCUGAAGAUGGAAAAUUGGGCCCUGGAGUCAUCGACCUCACCCGGCCAGAAGAUGCAGAGGGAAGUAAAGCAAUGAAUGGCUCUGCAGCUAAACUACAGCAGUAUUAUUGUUGGCCAACAGGAGGCGCCACUGUGGCUGAAGCUCGAGUCUACAGGGACGCCCGAGGCCGAGCCAGCAGUGAACCGCACAUCAAGCGACCAAUGAAUGCUUUCAUGGUUUGGGCAAAGGACGAGCGGAGGAAAAUUCUGCAAGCCUUCCCUGACAUGCAUAACUCCAAUAUUAGCAAAAUUCUCGGCUCUCGCUGGAAAUCCAUGUCGAACCAAGAGAAGCAACCGUAUUAUGAAGAGCAGGCCCGGCUAAGCAAGAUCCACUUAGAGAAAUAUCCGAACUACAAAUACAAGCCCCGACCCAAACGCACCUGCAUUGUUGAUGGCAAAAAGCUACGCAUUGGCGAGUACAAGCAGCUGAUGAGGUCUCGGAGACAGGAGAUGAGGCAGUUCUUUACUGUAGGGCAACAGCCUCAGAUUCCAAUUACCACAGGAACAGGUGUUGUGUAUCCUGGUGCUAUUACCAUGGCAACUACCACCCCAUCACCCCAGAUGACAUCUGACUGCUCCAGCAACUCCGCCAGCCCCGAGCCCAGCCUCCCUGUCAUCCAGAGCACUUACGGUAUGAAGACAGACAGCGGAAGCCUGGCGGGAAACGAAAUGAUAAACGGAGAGGACGAGAUGGAAAUGUACGACGACUACGAAGACGAUCCCAAAUCGGACUAUAGCAGCGAAAACGAAGCCCCAGAGGCCGUCAGUGCUAACUGAGGAGUGUUUGCAGAAUGAAAGUACUCUGAAGUUUUUGUUUUUUUCUGAACAAAAAGUUCUUAAAGAGCCUGCAUGCAUUUGUGGCUCCCACAAUUACAUCAGCAGAAUGGUCUUAAGUGUUUCGUAACGUGUGAGACAGAUUGAGUUUUCCCUGAUUUUUCAUGAACUUGUGUUUUUUUUUUGUUUGUUUUUUAUUUAGGUGAAGACAUAUAUUAAAUAUGAGACAUCGGGGCUUGAAAACUUAUCUGGAUCCA